ACACCACUCAGAGGCAGGAAAUGCUUCCCAGGCAAUCUGGGCCUGGUUGUGGAGGCCCCUUUUGCAAAACAUCAGUCUGAAUUUACUAGACAGAAGUCACUAGGAACGCCUUGACAGACUCCGGCUUCAGCUAAGGCUCCCUCCAGCUGCGGAGGCUGUUUUUGUUAGAAUCACACACUGCGCAGAACUGCUUAGAAUAGAGCCAUGAUCUCAACCACGAAAUGUGAACUUAUAUUUUGGAGAAACUAACGGGGACGGACUCCUUUCCUAGGCUGAGUGUUGAAGCAUGUCUUGCCUCGGCGUUUCAGCUCCUCCUCGUCUAGGUGGUGCAAUGACAAAACUUACUCUCUUCUUCAAUCAGUGAAUUUGAAGUAAUCUUUCAUCGUUUCAUCUCCUUUAGUCUCAUAUGGAAUGUAUCUCUCUAUCUGUUGUUAAACUACGAUGACAUGUCUGUAGCUAUCAGAAAGAGAAGCUGGGAAGAACAUGUGACCCAGUGGAUGGGACAGCCUUUUAAUUCUGAUGAUUGUAACACAGCAUGUCAUCAUGGACUCGUAGCUGACAGCUUGCAGGCAAGUAUGGAAAAAGAUGCAACUCUAAAUGUGGACCGCAAAGAAAGGUGUGUUUCACUACCAGACUGCUGUCAUGGCUCAGAGCUGAGAGAUAUUCCUGGGAGGCCAAUGGGUCACAUUUCAAAGGAGGUGGAUGAAGAUGACAGCCAUGAAGGUGAAGACCAGUUUCUUUCUCUGGAGGCCAGCACGGAAACACUAGUGCAUGUUUCUGAUGAGGAUACUGAUUCUGAUCUAUAUCUUACAGAUGAUAAACAGAUUUUAACUACUCAAGGGCCUAAAACAUCAGACCAACAUAGCAUCAAAGGAGCAGGCUCCUUAGUAAAGACGCUGCCCAUCGUGGAAAGUAACCAAGGUUCUUAUGACUCCUGGGGAAUGGCUGGUGGAGCUGGUUUAGUGCUGGUAGAGGAAAAGGGGGACAGAAAAGUUGUUGACAUGGUGAGUAAAAGCCUGGAGCUUUGUAAGGAUAUAAGCCUAAGUGAAAUAAAAGAUGCAUCCAAAAUGAAUGCAUGUGAUUCUUUGAAUGUGAAAGAUAUUGUGCCGGAAAAGCAAUUGCUUAAUUCUGCUGUAAUUGCUCAGCAUCGAAGGAAACCCGACUUCCCUAAAGAUGAACAUGAAAGAAACACCUGCAGUGCAGUACCAGAUGAGCUCCUGGCUAUUCCUUGUACAGACAGAGGACUGCCGUUAUUAAAAACAGAUUCUGGAAGCUGCCUUCUGCGGCCUCCUUCCUGCCCUAGUGGAAUGUCAGCUGAACAUGGCCUGGAGAAGAGUGGUUUCUCAGAACAUCAAAACAGAAGUCUUCCAAAGGUCAACUCAGGAGAUGGCAUGCAGUGUUUACACAUAAAGGAGACUCUGGCCACACAUGAACCCACAGAUAACCAAGUCAGACUUCGUAAAAGAAAGGAAAUAAGGGAAGAUCGAGAUAGGGUGCGGCUAGACUCGAUGUUGUUGCUGAUCAUGAAACUGGACCAGCUUGAUCAGGACAUUGAGAACGCUCUCAGCACCAGCUCCUCUCCGUCCAGCACACCAACCAACCUUCGGCGGCAAGUCCCUGAUCUGGAAUCAGGAUCUGAGAGUGGAGCAGAUAACACUUCGGUAAAUCAGACACAAAUAAAUCUAUCUUCUAACACCGAGUCCACUGACCUACCAUCUUCCACCCCAGUGGCCAGUUCUGGAACCAAACCCAAGUCUAUGGCUAUUCCAGGUACUUCAGAGAAGGAAAAGGCUGAAAUUGAAGCCAAAGAAGCUUGUGAUUGGCUACGUGCGGCAGGAUUCCCCCAGUACGCCCAGUUGUAUGAAGAUCUCCUGUUCCCCAUUGAUAUUUCCUUGGUCAAGAGAGAGCAUGAUUUUUUGGACAGAGAUGCUAUUGAGGCUUUAUGCAGGCGUCUGAAUACUUUAAACAAAUGCGCGGUGAUGAAGCUGGAAAUUAGUCCUCAUCGGAAGAGAAGUGAGGAUUCGGACGAGGAUGAGCCUUGCGCAAUCAGUGCCAAAUGGACUUUCCAGAGGGACAGCAAGAGGUGGUCCCGGCUUGAAGAGUUCGAUGUCUUCUCUCCAAAGCAGGACCCCGUCCCUGGGUCCCCAGACGAUCCCCACCUGAAGAACGCCCCCAGCCGUGAAAGCGUGCUGACGGACCUCAGCGAGCGCCAGGAGGUGGCUUCUGUCCGCAGCCUCAGCAGCACCAGCAGCCUCGCCACGCAAGCGACCCACCUCGGGGGCGCGGCGACGGCCCGGACUAACUCCGUCACCAGCGUCUGCUCCUCCGGCACCUUCGUAGGCAACGACGACUCUUUCUGCAGCCUGCCCUCUCCCAAGGAACUGUCCAGCUUCAGCUUUAGCGUGAAAGGCCACGAGAAGAACACCAAGUCCAAGACGCACAGCCUGCUGAAACGCAUGGAGAGCCUGAAGCUCAAGGGCUCCCACCACAGCAAGCACAAGGUGCCGUCCAAGCUGGGGCUGAUCAUCAGCGGGCCCGUCCUGCAGGAGGGGGUGGACGAGGAGAAGCUCAAGCAGCUGAACUGCGUGGAGAUCUCCGCCCUCAACGGCAACCGCAUCAACGUCCCCGCGGUGCGGAAGCGGAGCGUCUCCAACUCCACGCAGACCAGCAGCAGCAGCAGCCAGUCCGAGACCAGCAGCAACGUCAGCACGCCCAGUCCCGUCACCAGGACCCGGAGCCUCAGUGCCUGCAACAAGCGGGGAGGCAUGUACCUGGAGGGCUUCGAUCCGUUCAACCAGUCCACGUUCAACAACGUUAUGGAACAGAACUUUAAAAACUGCGAGAGCUACCCGGAGGACGCGGUGUUCUACAUCCCAGAAGAUCACAAGCCUGGCACUUUCCCCAAAGCCCUCUCCAACGGCAGUUUCUCUCCCUCGGGGAAUAACAGCUCCGUGAACUGGAGGACUGGAAGCUUCCACGGCCCUGGCCAUAUCAGCCUGAGGAGGGAGGACAGCAGCGACAGCCCCAAGGAACUCAAGAGACGCAAUUCCUCGAGCUCCAUGACCAGCCGCCUGAGUAUCUACGACAACGUGCCCGGCUCCAUCCUCUAUUCCAGUUCCGGUGACCUGGCCGACCUGGAGAACGAGGACAUCUUCCCCGAGCUGGACGACAUCCUCUACCACGUGAAGGGGAUGCAGAGGAUAGUCAACCAGUGGUCGGAGAAAUUUUCAGACGAGGGAGACUCAGACUCGGCCCUGGACUCGGUCUCCCCAUGCCCGUCCUCUCCCAAGCAGAUACACCUGGACGUGGACAAUGACCGAGCCACCCCCAGCGACCUGGACAGCACGGGCAACUCACUGAACGAACCCGAGGAGCCCUCAGACAUCCCGGAAAGGAGGGAUUCUGGGGUCGGGGCCUCCCUGACUAGGUCCAGCAGGCACAGGCUGAGAUGGCACAGUUUCCAGAGCUCUCAUCGGCCGAGCUUAAACUCUGUAUCGCUGCAGAUCAACUGCCAGUCUGUGGCCCAGAUGAACCUGCUGCAGAAAUACUCCCUCCUGAAGUUAACCGCCCUGCUGGAGAAAUACACACCUUCUAAUAAGCAUGGUUUUAGCUGGGCUGUGCCCAAGUUCAUGAAAAGGAUCAAGGUUCCAGACUACAAGGACCGGCAUGUAUUCGGGGUCCCUCUGACGGUCAACGUGCAGCGCACAGGACAGCCCCUCCCCCAGAGCAUUCAGCAGGCCAUGCGCUACCUCCGCAACCAUUGUCUGGAUCAGGUUGGACUCUUCAGAAAAUCGGGUGUCAAAUCCCGGAUUCAGGCUCUGCGCCAGAUGAAUGAAAGCACCAUAGAUUGUGUCAACUAUGAGGGGCAGUCUGCUUAUGAUGUGGCAGACAUGUUGAAGCAGUAUUUUCGAGAUCUUCCUGAGCCACUAAUGACGAACAAACUCUCGGAAACCUUUCUGCAGAUCUACCAAUAUGUGCCCAAGGACCAGCGCCUCCAGGCGAUCAAGGCCGCCAUCAUGCUUCUGCCUGACGAGAACCGGGAGGUCCUGCAGACGCUCCUCUACUUCCUGAGCGAUGUCACAGCAGCUGUGAAGGAGAACCAGAUGACUCCCACCAACUUGGCCGUGUGCUUGGCGCCUUCCCUCUUCCACCUCAACACCCUCAAGAGAGAGAAUUCCUCUCCAAGGGUAAUGCAAAGAAAACAAAGCUUGGGCAAACCAGAUCAGAAAGAUUUGAAUGAAAAUCUUGCUGCCACUCAAGGGCUAGCCCAUAUGAUUGCUGAGUGCAAGAAGCUUUUCCAGGUUCCUGAGGAAAUGAGCCGAUGUCGAAAUUCCUACACCGAACAAGAGCUGAAGCCGCUUACCCUAGAAGCGUUAGGACGCCUUUGUAAUGAUGAGUCAGCCAACUACCAACACUUCCUCCAGGACUGUGUGGACAGCCUGUUUAAAGAGGUCAAAGAGAAAUUCAAAGGCUGGGUCAGCUACUCUACAUCUGAGCAGGCUGAGCUAUCCUAUAAGAAGGUGAGUGAAGGACCACCUCUAAGGCUUUGGAGGGCAACCAUUGAAGUCCCUGCAUCGCCUGAGGAAAUCUUAAAGCGCCUACUUAGAGAGCAGCACCUCUGGGAUGUAGACUUGUUGGAUUCAAAAGUGAUUGAGAUCCUGGACAGCCAAACUGAAAUUUACCAGUAUGUCCAAAACAGUAUGGCCCCCCAUCCUGCUCGGGACUACGUUGUUCUGAGAACAUGGAGGACUAAUUUACCCAAGGGAGCUUGUGCCCUUGUACUCACCUCCGUGGAUCACGACCGGGCCCCUGUGGUGGGAGUGAGGGUCAAUGUGCUCCUGGCCAGGUAUCUAAUCGAACCCUGCGGGUCAGGGAAAUCCAAACUCACCUACAUGUGCAGAGCUGACUUAAGGGGCCACAUGCCAGAGUGGUACACGAAAUCUUUUGGACAUUUGUGUGCAGCUGAAGUUGUAAAGAUCCGAGACUCCUUCAGUAAUCAGAACACUGAAACCAAAGACACCAAAUCUAGGUGAUUCCCGAAGCAUGUCCAUUAUCUGGGCCUUUGUUUCUAGAACCGUUGCCAGUCCUUGGAAGAUUGGGUUCAGUGUCUGAUCCUGAAACAAAACUACAAGUUGGAGUGUGGGAAUUGACUAUAGUGAUUUGAUACAUUUUUAAAGCUGCUUUCUAUUUGUUUAAGGUCUGUAUUAUGGACCUUGACUGGAAUAUAUGACUGUGCAAAAAAAAAAAAAAAAAAGUAUUCCUAUUCGAAUUGCUUCUGAGAAGCAAAACUAUAAAUACAUUAGGGAA